AUGGUGAAUCACCAUGCCCAGGGUCGUCACAUGUGGUUUCUGCAAGACCAAGGAAAAGACAAAGCAGACAGUAUUAAGCUCUUCACUGAUCUGAUGCGCUCCAUUGAAAGAUGUCAGUCUGAGCUGCUGGAGAUGAUGGAGCAGAAGCAGAAAUCAGCAGAGAAGCAGGCUGAACUGAUGAUUAAAGAGCUGGAGCAGGAGAUCACUGAGCUAAAGAGGAGAGACACUGAGCUGGAGCAGCUCUCACACACUGAGGAUCACCUGCACCUCCUACAGAUUUACCCAUCGCUGAUCAGACCUCCAUGCACCAGCACUGAGAUCAUUAUUAGUGACACUCAGCUGAGUGUGGAGACCCAACCUCUGAGGAAAGGUCUGGUUCAACUGGAGGAGACUCUAGACGAGAAACUCAGCAAGUCUGCACACAAAAAACCAUCCGAGACGAGGAGGAGGAGUCUGGAUGCACCUCCAUUAUCUCUGUCAAAUGAGCUCCAGUGUUCGAUCUGUCUGGAUUUGUUCACUGAUCCAGUCAGCACUCCAUGUGGACACAACUUCUGUAAGAACUGCCUGAACCAGUGCUGGAACAACAGUCAGACCUACAACUGUCCAUUCUGUAAAGAAACAUUCAGUAAAAGACCCGACCUCAAGAUCAACACAGCACUCAGACAGGUUGUGCAGCACAUUAAGGAAAAGUCUGGUCUGAGUAAAUCUGAGGUUCUCUGUGACUUCUGUGAUGAUAUUAAGAUGAAAGCGCUGAAGAUGUGCCUGGUGUGUCAGAGCUCUUACUGUGAAACUCACCUGGAGCCCCAUCAAAGAGUCGCACAUUUAAAGAAACACAAACUGAUCGAUCCCGAGGCGAAUCUUGAGGACUAUAUCUGUCAGAAACAUGAGAAACCUCUGGAGCUGUUCUGUAGAGAUGAUCAGACAUGUGUGUGUUUGCUCUGCGCAAUGAAAGACCACAAGAAUCACAACACUGUUGCUGUAGAGGAGGAGUGCGGAGAGAGGGAGCCUCAGCUGAUGAAGAUGCAGACAGAAGUGCGGCAGAUGAUCCAGAACAGAAUUAAGAGAAUCCAAGACAUCAGACACUUAAAAGAAGUAAAAAAUGAAUCAUCAGAAAAAGAAAAAGCAGACAGUACUGAGCUCUUCACUGAUCUGAUGCGCUCCAUUGAGAGAUGUCAGUCUGAGCUGCUGAAGAUGAUGGAGCAGAAGCAGAAAGCAGCAGGGAAGCAGGCUGAAGAGCUGAUUAAAGAGCUGGAGCAGGAGAUCACUGAGCUAAAGAGGAGAGACACUGAGCUGGAGCAGCUCUCACACACUGAGGAUCACCUGCACCUCCUACAGAUUUACCCAUCGCUGAUCAGACCUAAAUUCACCAGCAGCUGGUCUGAGAUCAGUAUUAGUGACACUCAGCUGAGUGUGGAGACUCUGAGGAAAGCUCUGAUUCAACUGCAGGAGACUCUAGACGAGAAACUCAGCAAGUCUGUCCAGAAGACAAUGCAGCAUGCAGGUACAAAAGUCAGUGAUGCUGAGAGUGUUCCCAAGACAAUGCAGUUAUAUGGAGUGGAUGUGACUCUGGAUCCUGAUACAGCUCAUCCAAAUCUCAUUCUGUUUGAUCAUGGAAAACAAGUGAGAUAUGGAGAUAUUAAUCUUGAACUCCCAGACAACCCAGAGAGGUUUGAUUAUUGUCCCUGUGUCCUGGCAAAAGAGGGAUUCAGCUCAGGGAGAUUUUAUUUUGAGGUGCAGGUAAAAGGAAAGACUGAUUGGGAUUUAGGAGUGGCCAGAGAAUCCAUUAACAGGAAGGGAAUGAUCACAGCAGCUCCUGAAGCUGGGUACUGGAUUGUAAUACUGAGGAAUGAGAAUCAGUAUCUGGCUUGUGAAUCUCCCCCUUUUCCCCUCUUUCCGAAAGUGAAGCCUCAGGUAGUGGGUGUGUUUGUGAAUUAUGAGGAAGGUCUGGUCUCCUUUCAUGAUGUUGAGUCCAGGUCUUGCAUUCAUUCUUUCACUGGUCAGUCUUUCACUGAGAAACUCUACCCAUACUUUAGCCCUUAUGAUAAUAAAAAAGGUAGAAAUGAAGCACCACUGGUAAUUGGGUACAAUAAAUGAAUAUACACCACCCAUAUGAAAAUAAGAUUUAGGACUACAGUAUGAAUACUUUCUGUUUUGAAAUGAUGCAUUAUGUCAUCACAUGUUUGCCUAUAGCAUUUGUUUUUCAGCUUUGAAACCCUGCUUCUCAGUUUUUAUAUUUUUAAUUUCUGUUCUGAAGGGUCAAAAGUUUGCUAAAGCCAUUUUAAAGUACUGCUCUCAAGUGAAAUUACACGUAAAAUGGAUCUGAUACAUCUGUAUGUUAAUCAUGUUUUUGCAGUUUGUACAUUUAUUUCUAAUAAAUUUAAUGAAAUAUAAACACAUGGCACA